ACAAUUCUUUUAAUUUACAAGAAUGAGAGACCAUGACGAGAUCAUUCAUUCCCCUGCUCUAUAAAUAUAAUUAUCAGCACCCAAAGGGUUUCUCCAUGUAUAGCAUCUCCUUCAAUCCCCUCGAUCUCGAAGUGAUCAAGUUGUGCAAGGUGGAGAAGCAGGGCACAUGCAACCCUUGCACCAUCACCAUCUCUAUCGAUCGAUCAAUCGAUUUUAGUUAACCUUCUCCGACGACUUUUCUUUCACCUUUUAAGCAAAGAACAGCACUGUGCUUGCUGGUUCAAGUCAGGCAUGCGCCAUGCUUCUCCACCAUGCACGACCAAUCUUGUUCUUCUCAUCAAAACUGUAAUGCUCACUAUCUAUCAGUAUCUGAAUGUAUAUCACGGUUAGUCUCAUCUUUAUGUAUAUCACUGCAAUAUAGUUGAUUAAAUCUUUUUAUAUUUUGAUGUUUCAUUGAUUUUUGUGGAUUUGCAUGCCACUUGUUUCAUUAUUUUAUAUUGCUUGUAGUGGUGUUUAACAUGGUGAGGAUGAGGACAAUGAUAUACCUAACAUUUGCUUAUAUAUAAAUAUCUGAUAAUCAAGAAAAAGCAAUCACCUAAACCACUUUGUUUGCUUCUUUGCACAGACAUCCUUUAUUAAUUAUUAUCGUUAUCAUCAUUAUUAUUGAAUUUUAUCUCAACUUUGGGCAUUAAUCGUCCAUAGUUAUCCUAGUUAACUAUGUAGAUUGAAAGUUUUGAGCUCUUCCAAAAGCAGUUUAAGUAUUGCAAAGUGAUAGAGAGUCAUAUAUUUGACUUUAGUUGAAAAAAUUAUUUUGUGAAUUAGUUUGUAAUUUGCUUUGUUAUAAUUUCUUUAAUUAAUCGCGCUUGUGUUGUUUGAUUCUAGUUUGUGGAUCUUUCUGUCAAGGCCCAUGGCUAGUUGGGCUGUAGUCCGUUGGGCUUGUUAGCAGUUGCUAAUGGGCCAUUAGAGCACGUUUUUUAAACUUGUAACGGAGCCGUUACAUGGCACAUUGUGCAAUCUUAACACCGUUAGAGAAUUAGACGGGGCCGAUAAACUUAAACCCUAAUUCUUCCAUCGACUGGAGUGCCCGUGUAAAAUAGUUGGUCGUUGCAGUUUCCAGUUAGCAGCAAUCACUUCGUCUUUCUUCGAUCGAAGGAUCUUGUGAGCUUAUCUGGAUUAUCGAUCAAACCUUCCUUAUCGGGGCGUUGGAACGUCAAAGAAGAGUUUUUUUUUUCCUCCCCUCCUUGAGAAGCAUGAUGAAUUCUCUACAGACGCUGCACAUGUCUCACGAUUGUUCGUCAAUCGAUCCGCUUUACGGGUUUAAGUUAGACAAAAGAAGGAGAUUCACAUUCCGAGCUGAAGUUCCAAAAAUUUCCUCAUGUCUUGUUUCGGACAAACAACAGAAAGCGAAGGCGGGAUCUGCAAAGCCAUUGUCGAGAGCGAGCGAGAAAGUGAUAGAGAUAGAGAGGAAUGUGUUUGUUGGGACAUAUGCUCGAGCUCCGGUGGUGUUGAAGAGUGGAAAGGGAUGCAAAGUUUAUGAUGUUGAUGGGAAGGAGUACUUGGACAUGACGGCUGGUAUUGCAGUGAACUCACUCGGGCAUAGUGACCCAGAUUGGAUCAACGCAGUGAUUGAGCAGGCUAAUACUCUUACACAUGUCAGCAAUGUAUACCAUUCAUUGCCUCAGGUAACUCUUGGAAAGCGCCUAGUAGAGUGUUCUUUUGCUGACCGCAUUUUUUUCACGAACUCUGGAACAGAAGCAAACGAAGCUGCUAUAAAAUUCUCUAGGAAGUUCCAGAGACAUUCACAUCCAGAGGAAAAUUUUCCUGCUACUGAGUUCAUUGCUUUCAGCAAUAGCUUCCAUGGAAGGACACUGGGUGCUCUGGCGCUGACAAGUAAAGAGCAAUACAGGCUACCCUUUGAACCUGUCAUGCCUGGGGUCACAUUCGUAGAAUAUGGGAAUAUUAAAGAGGCUCUAAAAGCCAUUCAAUCUGGCAAAACUGCAGCAGUCUUUGUGGAACCAAUUCAAGGUGAAGGUGGGAUAUUCAGUGCUACAAAGGACUUCCUACAACUACUUCGAACUGCAUGUGAUGAUUCUGGAGCUCUCUUGGUAUUUGAUGAGGUCCAAUGUGGGUUGGGCCGAACUGGUCAUCUCUGGGCCCAUGAAGCUUUCGACGUGACACCUGAUAUAAUGACCCUUGCGAAACCCCUCGCCGGAGGUCUGCCAAUUGGUGUUGUCCUCACCACUGAAAGGGUCGCAGCGGCCAUAAGCUCCGGAGACCAUGGGAGCACUUUUGCCGGCAGUCCACUCGUCUGUCAUGCUGCCCUUGCAGUAUUGGAUAAAAUCCAGAAUCCCGAUUUCUUGGCCAGUGUAAGCCGGAAAGGACUCUACCUUAAAGAAUUACUACUCAAGAAGCUGGGAGAGAACCCUCAUGUGAAAGAAGUACGUGGGUUUGGGCUUAUUGUCGGAAUUGAGCUGGAUGUCCAAGCUUCACCACUGGUUGAUGCUUGUCGAGACGCCGGCCUGUUGGUGCUGACUGCUGGAAAAGGGAAUGUGGUUAGGCUUGUCCCCCCAUUGAUCAUAUCGGAGCAGGAGUUGGAAUACGCUGUCGAAGUUCUAAGCGCAUGCUUGCCUUCUCUCGAUGGUAAUAGUAAUACUUCUAGUUAAAUCUAUAUAUAGAGACAAGUACCUGCCAAUAAGAGGGGUGGUGGGUGUUCUUCCCAUUUGGUUGGCAUUGUUUGUGUGGAAUAAUCUUAAUUUUAGAUAUUUUAGUUGAUGUCUAAAUUAAUGAUCAAUCAGUUCAAAUACAUUCUGUAUAUGAAUGAAUAAACCGUUGAGAAGAUUUGUGUUUUUUUUUUUUUUGAUAUUUUUAUUAUAAAAAAAUGCAUCUAACUUUCUUUUA